AUGGAAAGGAGCCAGAAUUGUAGAGGGAGUAAUGCCAAGGCGUAUCCUGAAAGCGACGCGCAGGAGCUUCGCCUGACUCCUGUGGAAAAUGUGAGAGGGCUGCCGUGUCAAGGACAGGCGCGGCUAAAGAAGAAAACCCAUACAAGAAAUUUGAAGAUUGGAUCCAUCAAUGUAGGAAGCAUGACGGGGAAAGGAAGAGAAUUGGUAGACAUGCUGGAAAGAAGGAGAGUAGAGAUCUGUUGUAUACAAGAGACGAGAUGGAGAGGAAAUAAGGCAAAGCCACUGGGAAAAGAAUAUAAGUUGAUAUACAGUGGAGCAGAUGCAGGAGGUAGGAAUGGUGUAGGAGUGAUACUGAACAGGAGAUGGCAAGAAAGUGUCAUAGAAGUUAUAAGAUUGAAUGACAGAAUUAUUAAAGUAAAAGUGACAGAUCAUGGAAUAACAAUCAGUAUUAUAUCAGCUUAUGCCCCACAAAGAGGAUGCCCAGUAGAGGAAAAGGAAGAGUUCUGGAGACAGAUGGACAGCUUAAUACCGGAAGUGCCAGAAAAUGAGAGAAUAGUGCUGGGAGGUGAUCUAAAUGGCCACAUAGGACAAGAAAAUGCAAACAUUCAAAGAGUGCAUGGAGGAUGGGGAGUGAAGAUCUGGACACUAAACAUGGACAAAAGAAAGUGUACAGUAUAG